AUGAUUCAUAUUCGCUCCUUGCCUAGGUUGGUCUCCCCUUUUUGUCGACGAAUGUCUUCUUCAUCGGGGACAGAAGUACCAUCAAAUGAAUUAACAUUAUCUUUCGGUUCUCCUUAUAAAGUUUUUUACGAUAGGAAGAUCGUGAAACAGGUAGAUAUUCCUGGACUUUUCGCCUACUCUGGUAUUGUAAAAGAUCACGUUCCAUUUAUCACUGCUCUACGACCAGGCGUUAUUCAGGUUAUAGAAGAUGAUGGCGCUUCUAAUAAAUUCUUCGUCAGUAGCGGCACGGCCACUUUCAAUGCCGAUUCUUCCAUGCAGAUUCUCGCGGAAGAGGCAUGUACUUUAGAUGCUCUUGACGCCAGCCUUAUAGCUGCUGGACUUCAAUCAGCACAAGAUCAGAUGGCCUCAGCGAAAGAUGAUGUUACAAAAGCAGAGGCUCAAAUUGCUGUUGAAGCUUACGAAUCACUAGCAAGAGCAGCUGAAUAA